CUCUGUUUACUUGUAAUUACAUUGCAACCGAUUUCUAUAAAGUGAAGCUCUUUAGAGCUGAUUUUCAUUGUAAACAUUUUCCUUCAUGGAACCCAGUCAUCGGUUACACAAAGUGUGCCAAAAACGUGUUUUAUCUACCCAAUAAGAGGAACAAACAUUAAUAAGAAGCAUACUGCCGUCUACUAAAUCAUAUAUAAUCGGCAGAAACCCAGAACAAGAAGGCUAGUUGUGAUAGUGUGUCCAGCUUCCAUCAUGGGAAUCGAGAGACUCUUGCCGUGCAGCGUGAAAAUCGCUAAACUCAUACAGAAGUCCAGUUGUGAUGUACUCUGUAUUAUCGAUCGUCAAGUGCCGCCAGAAUUGCUGGAGCAGUUCGGUGAAUUCCGCUCAUUUGAUAAGGCUUUCGAUAGUGUGGUGUCAUGCUUUAAGUCGCCCAAGCUGGACUUGCCCAUAGUUUAUUCACCCGUACAGGAACUGACUGAUUAUCAUGAUGUGCGCACAUAUCAGAAAGCGGCAGCCAAGUCAUUGGAGCGCGCCAUUAAGGCUGGCUUCAAAUCGCCACUGCUGUUGGUGCCAGCGAGCAACCGUUUCUGCAAUGCCGAACUUUGCACCGUGCUGGGUGCCUUGGAUCAGUUAUAUGUUCCUAUUCAACUGCGCGAGGAUGUGCCCGAGCAGGCGAAGCGUAUUAAGGAGCUGUCACUUUUGAUUUCCACGCCGAGGGCUGAGGAAAUUAUAAAAGAUGCUUUGGUUUUGGAAUCAGGUCGGAUGGUGGCACGCGAUAUUGGUGUUGGCGAUCCAGAACGCAUGGCGCCACCUCGCGUUGAAGACUACGUUAACAGCGUAUUGUCCUCACUGAAGAAGGAAGUCAUUAGCGAUUUGAAUGUUUUACAAGAGGAUUAUCCACUUUUUGCCGCCGUUAAUCGUGCUGCCAAUCAAGUGAGUCGUCAUCGCGGACGCAUCAUCUUCCUGGAGUAUGUGCCACCGCAACCGGCACGGAAAACUCUGAUGUUGGUGGGUAAGGGUGUCACCUACGAUACUGGUGGCGCUGACAUUAAGGCUGGCGGUGUGAUGGCCGGCAUGUCACGUGAUAAGUGUGGCGCCGCUGCCGUUGCUGGCUUCAUGCAGAUUGUCAACGAGCAAAAGCCUGCCGAUGUGCAUGUUAUCGCUGCACUUUGCAUGGUCCGUAAUUCGGUGGGCGAAGAAUCCUAUGUUUCCGAUGAGUUGUACACCUCACGCGCCGGUGUACGCAUACGCAUUGGCAACACCGAUGCCGAGGGACGCAUGUGCAUGGCGGAUGCUUUGUGUCGCAUGAAAGAGAUGGCCAUCGAGCGCAAAUUGCCCGAUCCACAUCUCUUCACCAUUGCUACAUUGACAGGUCAUGCUUGCAUUUCAGCUGGUGAUGGCUACUCGAUUGCCAUUGACAAUAGUGUGGCGCAAAAAGCUGGGCAUGCACGUCUGUUGCAAGAGACUGGCCAGUCGUUUGGCGAACCUUUCGAGGUGUCCGUUUUGCGUCCAGAUGAUUUCGAUUUUAAUAAGGGUAAAGUGCUUGGUGAAGAUCUUGUGCAAGCCAACAAUGCACCAUCGACACGCACGCCCCGUGGACACCAGAUUCCAGCCGCUUUUCUUAUCCAAGCCACUGGCUUGGACAAGCAUGGCCUAGAGUCCAGCUCGCCAUUGAAAUACACGCACAUUGAUAUUGCUGCCAGCGCUUGCGUAUUCCCAGAGAUACCAACAGCUGCUCCCAUUGUUGCCUUAGCAAAGACACAUUUAUAGAAUUUUUUAUUCGCUCUGCAUUUAAGUUGGAAACUUUGCAAGCAUUUCCAUAAGAUAUCAAUUAUAUUGUACUUAUUGCCGCAAAUAUGUAUGUAAUUUGUUACGCUAAACACUACGAAAUAUAAUCACAUAUACAAUGAAAGCCAGUGCUAAA